AUGCCAUUGAAGUUCCCUCUCGGUGUACGCUUCAUCACACACUCUCUCCCCUCCACUCACCUCGCCUCUUCCAUGAACUCCGCCGCACGAAUCUACUCCUUCCGCUCCGCUCCCGUAAUCUCCAAGGCGCUUCUUCCUUCGAGGCUAACGCGCCUCGGACUCUCCUCCCGGGUCAGUUUCUCGACCCGACCCGAAUUCGGGAUCCGCGCGUCCAAGAGCUUGAUUGAAGACGAGGCGGAGCUUAGUGAUUGGGUUAGCGAUUUGAGGACUAGCUCUGUGCGUGGGAAGUUCACUAGCGAUGAGGAUGACGCUGUUCAGGAACGUGUUCGUAGAAAUGUAGAGAGGGAUGAGAGUAGGGGUCCGAGGAGGGGGAGGGAAGGUCAAGCUGAUAGGUUUGGUGGUUCAAGAAGGGGUAAGGAAGGUGAGGUUGAUCGGUUUAGGAGAACCGGUGGUGAACCGGUUAGGAAUAAGCGGUUUAGUGGUGGAGAAGGUGGAAGGAAUGGUAGGAUUCAAGGAAGGAGUAGUGAGGCGUCUUUUCGUGGGAGGAGUGAGAGGGAUGUUGAUUCAGGGUUUAGGAGAGAGAGAGGUUUGGAAGCUAACAAAGGUUUGGGGAGACAGCAAGGAAGAGCUUUGAGACGGGACGAAAGUGAUGAGGAUGAGAAGAGGGGAGUAUUGGGAGGCAUUGAUGAUUUGCUUAGUGAAGAUAGUAGUGAUGAAGGCAGUGAAGAUGAGCAGGUUUUUGUUGGGAAAGUAGUUUCUGCUAAGGGUUUGGAAGCUGAUGAGCCAAGGAAUGAUAAUGCUAAAACUUCAGAUUCUUACUUGUCUAAGACAAGAUUUGAUCAGUUCCCUUUGUCUCCGUUAUCGCUAAGAGCCAUUAAGGAUGCAGGAUUUGAGACUAUGACUGUUGUGCAGGAGGCUACUCUUCCUGUCAUUCUCAAAGGUAAAGAUGUGCUAGCCAAGGCCAAAACAGGCACUGGGAAAACCGUUGCAUUUUUGCUUCCAUCAAUUGAAGCUGUUAUCAAAUCUCCACCUGCAAGCCGGGACAGUAGGCAAUCCCCCAUUGUUGUUCUUGUGGUAUGUCCUACUCGGGAACUUGCCAGUCAGGCGGCUGCAGAAGCAAAUACCUUGCUGAAGUAUCACCCAUCUAUUGGUGUUCAAGUUGUGAUUGGAGGGACAAAGCUUCCUACAGAGCAAAGGCGUAUGCAAGCAAAUCCUUGCCAGAUUCUUGUGGCUACACCUGGAAGGCUGAAAGACCAUAUCGAGAACACUUCUGGAUUUGCCACAAGGUUGAAUGGUGUGAAAGUCCUUGUGCUUGAUGAAGCUGACCAUCUCUUGGACAUGGGUUUCCGAAGGGAUAUCGAGAGGAUUAUCGCUGCUGUUCCUAAGCAGAGGCAAACGUUUUUAUUUUCUGCUACGGUACCUGAAGAGGUUAGUAUCAAUUUCUUGCACAGAUGUCUCUCAUUUUUGGGUUGGAAUCUUGAAUUGUCUUUUUCUGGUGUCAAGGUCCGCCAAAUAUGUCAUAUUGCUCUGAAACGUGAUCAUGAGUUCAUCAAUUGUGUUCAAGAGGGAUCUGGGGAGACACAUCAAAAGGUCAAACAAAUGUACAUGAUUGCAUCACUGGAUAGACAAUUCUCGCUUCUACAUGUGCUUCUGAAAGAACACAUGGCAGAUAAUCCAGACUAUAAGGUUAUUAUUUUCUGCACAACUGCCAUGGUUACAAGAUUGGUUGCUGAUCUGCUUGGCCAGCUAAGCUUGAACGUCAGAGAGAUCCAUUCUAGAAAACCACAGGGUUACAGAACCAAAGUCUCCGACGAGUUCCGCAAGUCCAAGAGUAUUAUCCUCGUAACAUCAGAUGUAUCUGCUCGUGGUGUCGAUUACCCUGAUGUGUCACUAGUCGUUCAGAUGGGACUGCCAUCAGAUAGGGAACAAUACAUACAUAGACUUGGCAGAACCGGGAGGAAAGGUAAGGAAGGAGAAGGUGUAUUAAUGUUGGCACCAUGGGAAGAGUACUUUCUGUCAUCUGUUAAAGACUUGCCCAUCAACAAGUCUCCCCUACCUCCAAUAGACCCUGAGGCUGUGAAAAAGGUGCAGAGAGGGCUUAACCAAGUGGAAAUGAAGAACAAAGAAGCGGCCUAUCAGGCAUGGUUAGGCUACUACAAGUCGCAAAAGAUGAUUGCUAGAGACACGACCAGAUUGGUGGAGUUAGCCAAUGAGUUUAGCCGCAGCAUGGGACUCGACAUGCCACCAGCUAUCCCCAAAAACGUUCUUGGCAAGAUGGGUCUCAAAAACGUUCCUGGUCUUAGAACCAAGUAG